AUGUCACCCCGCUUGCGACAGCGGUGGAAUCGCAUUUCGCACAACGCCGAGGCGGUCACGGAAAAUGCGGCGGCGGGGAUCUGGUCUUUUCAGCACAACUACAUCAACCCCUGCGUCGCAUCGCUCGGGGAAUCGUUUGACCACUGCACUUCCCUAUGCCUCGGCGACCGGGAAGAGCGCGCGCGGCGCAGGAGAGAGAGGGAACGGGCGGGAGGCCGCGCCGAAUACAGCUUCGAUUUCUACGACGACUGGUACCAGGAGGAAGAGGGCUCGAGCGGGAUCCUGGGCGGGUGGAGUUACGAGGACUGGGACAGGCUGCUCGUAGGAAGCGGGUCAACGAGACGAGGCGGAGGCGAGGUCACGGAACAGCCGGCACGGAAGCGAGGCAUGAGCUACGGCACGAGGGGCCAUCGUCGGAAACCGAGCCGGGAAGACCCUACCGUGAUCCCCAGCACCCAACCGAUCGGAUUCUUGGGAAAGCUCCCGUGGAAGAUUGGCGGCACGUUGCGGUACAAGCCGAGCGCGGCCGACUUGCAAGACCACCCCGGCCACCACGGCGCGGCCGACGAGAACGCGCCGCUUCUCGGGGGCGAUGCGGAGGAGCACUAUCACUAUGGAGCGAACACGCGGACGAGGAAACGAAGCGGCACGACGGGAUCGGGGACACGCGACGAGGACGCGAUCCCGCUCGACGACGAGUUCACGCUCCCCUUUGAUCGGGCGGACGACCGAGCGAGCAAUAAGACCAGGAGCAGCAAAGGAAAGAGGCCAAUAUCACGGACGGUGUCCCGCACCACGGUGGCGUCGGGAUACUCGGGGUACUCGAGCCGGAGAAGGAGUAUCGACUCUACGCAUGGAGGUGGAGGCCCGACGACCCCUUCGUUGGAAGACUUGCGUUUUGAGGAGGAGCGGGUGGCGCACGAAGAAGACGAGGAAAUCGAGAGGCGGCGCAUCGCGGCGGCGCAGCUGGCACACAAGCGAGGACUGGUCGGCGAGGACACACCCCCAUCUACUACUACCGGCCCGGAAACCCCUAGGAGACCAUCGUCGCAGGUUCGUGACGUGGGUUCUAUCCCGGAGGCGGACGAGCCAGCCUCACCCGACGAACAGGUUGACGCAUUUGAAGUCGACCCGCCAGAGGAUGGGCGAGACGCGGAACCGGUCCGCAACGGAGGCGAAGAGUUCGAGUCCGAUAUCAAGGAAACAGCAGAACCUCGUAUAUCCGCGGCAUUACCGUUGGCCUUGCCCAAAUCGCCACCGAAUGGCGGGUUCGUACCAGCGCGACUGCCCAUGUUCGGAUAG